CCAAGCAAGUCUCAGCAUCUUCCCUGUGCGGCUGUGCGUGUAAAUAACCAUAGAGAAUCACAAUCACACCCACAUCACAUGCAUGCAAGCAAGACCAAUUACCACUUUCCAUUAUUUUUAUUCUUAAAAAAAUGACCAAAAAAGAAAAUUGCGUAAUCCUAGAAACGUAAAACCAACCUCAACCUAACCUAGGAAACUCCGUCACCACUUUCCCUCUCCCAUUUUUAUAUCAUUCGCCACACACAUCAUAUGUCUUCCGCACUGACAAAAAACGAUAUCCAACGGUCAUGAAUGGCGGCGCUGAGGCCUCCCUCAAUCACAGGCGCAAACAUCAAACAGCUCCCGCCGACGGCGCUAAAGGCGUUAAGGUAGCAAACGGAGCCAUGGGGAAGCCGUCCUCUUCCAAGCACUCCUGCGGUGCGUCGUUCAUGAAAUGGACCGUGGCUGACGCUGUCCACGUGGUGACGCACCAUUGGAUGCCGUGCUUGUUCGCAUUGGGGCUUCUCUUCUUCAUGGCCGUGGAGUACACGCUUCUCAUGGUGCCACCGUCGUCGCCGCCCUUCGACCUUGGCUUCAUCGCCACACGCUCCCUCCACGCGCUCCUCGAGUCGUCGCCGAAUCUCAACACGCUCUUCGCCGGGCUCAAUACGGUGUUUGUGGGGAUGCAAACGAGUUAUAUCUUAUGGACGUGGCUGAUUGAAGGACGCCCCAGAGCCACAAUUUCAGCAUUGUUCAUGUUCACAUGCCGUGGGAUUUUAGGCUACUCCACCCAGCUCCCAUUGCCUCAGGGGUUUUUGGGCUCGGGUGUGGACUUCCCUGUUGGGAACGUGUCUUUUUUCUUGUUUUUUUCUGGGCACGUUGCAGGGUCAGUGAUUGCUUCAUUGGACAUGAGGAGGAUGCAGAGGUGGGAACUGGCUUGGACUUUUGAUGUGCUCAAUGUUUUGCAAGCUGUGAGGUUGCUGGGUACAAGAGGCCAUUACACUAUUGAUUUGGCCGUAGGGGUUGGUGCUGGAAUUCUCUUUGAUUCUUUAGCUGGCAAGUACGAAGAUAGCAAAAGGAAUGGUGCUCUCAAACACAAUUUGAUUGCGUGAACAAUGUGGAUAUAGCUAAAAAAAUUAACAAACCAUCAUGGAGGUGUAAAAGUAAAAGAGUGAGAGGGCAAGGGUUUGAAUCGUAAAAAAAAUAAGGUCAAAGAGUGAUACAUCAUAUUAUUAGGAUUUAGGACAAGUCUUAAAUCUUAAUUACCGCGUAAUUUUAAAUUUGAUUUAUUUCACUACUUUUUGUAACCUGUUAUUAUAGUAUAGAGUUUUUUUUCCCUACUAGUGGAGUCUGAGUUGGAAUUCACUUGCCAAUUGCUAUGAUCCCAUGAUUGAUUGCUCUAGGUGGGUGUUGUUCCCACUUUGUGGACGACAGUGUGUUAAAGGAGGUUGAUUUUAACAUCAAAUUUUAAGAUUUUACUUUUAGUUGAUUCAUAGUCAUUGGAGAACUUUGAUUGUAUUAAAUUUUGAUUUGAUUUUAAUUUGAAUACAGUGGUUAUUGACUUA